UAACGAUGGAGAAGAAGAGGUGAAGAGGGCACCAGUAGCCUUACAGUUCCCAUUUUCUCUCGCAUCACGAUCUCUUGGUUCGUUAAAGCCUAACUCUGUCAAUCUUCCUGCUUUCUCAUCUCAUCUAAUUAAUUGAGAUAUUUAUCAAGAUGGCUGGAGGAGGAGUUAUCCAGCAGCUCCUAAGGAGGAAACUUCAGUCUUAUUGUGCCGCUCCUCCAAUUUUGUCAUGGUUUGCAUCAAAAAAGUUUCAACAAGAUAGUGGAUCCACGGGUAUGAAAUCCCUAAAGGCAUUUGCACUCAUUGGUGCUGGUGUUUCGGGAUUUUUAAGUUUUGCAACAGUAGCAUCUGCUGAUGAGGCAGAACAUGGUUUAGAGUGUCCAAGCUAUCCUUGGCCUCACAAUGGAAUUCUCAGUUCAUAUGAUCAUGCCUCGAUUCGCCGGGGUCACCAGGUAUACCAACAAGUAUGUGCAUCGUGCCACUCUAUGUCUCUUGUAUCAUACCGAGAUCUGGUGGGUGUUGCAUACACCGAAGAGGAAACAAAGGCAAUGGCAGCUGAGAUUGAAGUUGUUGAUGGACCUAAUGAUGAGGGUGAAAUGUUCACUCGUCCUGGUAAACUCAGUGAUCGUUUUCCUGAGCCAUAUGCAAAUGAACAAGCUGCAAGGUUUGCUAAUGGAGGAGCAUAUCCUCCAGAUCUGAGUCUUAUUACAAAGGCUCGUCACAAUGGUCAGAAUUAUGUCUUUGCUCUUUUAACUGGUUAUCGUGACCCUCCUGCUGGCAUUUCGAUCCGAGAAGGAUUGCACUACAAUCCCUACUUCCCUGGGGGAGCAAUUGCUAUGCCUAAGAUGCUUAUCGAUGGUGCUGUAGAAUAUGAAGACGGCACCCCUGCAACAGAAGCUCAGAUGGGAAAAGAUGUGGUGACAUUUUUAUCAUGGGCAGCUGAACCAGAAAUGGAAGAAAGAAAAUUGAUGGGUUUUAAAUGGAUAUUUGUACUCUCACUGGCUCUACUCCAAGCUGGAUAUUACCGGCGUUUGAAGUGGUCAGUUCUAAAGUCUCGCAAGCUGGUCCUCGACGUAGUGAACUAAAUCUUCCUUAUAUUUUAUGUUAAGCUAAUGUGUCUGGAAGGAUGCGGAAUCGGAAAUAAUCGCUUCACGAGAAGAAUGUAGGUUUCUGGCCAAAUAUUGAUGUGCUGAACCAGUUUGUUAUAACCCGAAGCAGUUUGAGUAUUUUUUGUGUUUUUGAAGUUGAGAAGGAAAUAAGCCCACCUCAUACACAUAAUGAUCAGUAUUCUUUUGUCAAAACUCUUCAAAGUUUUGUAAGGUUUUUCAGUGUUACAUCAACUUCUUUGGGGAAUUCUUUGUUUCUUCAAAUUUUUUUGUUUCAUCAAAAAUUUCUGGUACUACGCAAA